AUGAUUGGGCUUCACAUGGCGAGUCUGUUUGCAAGCAGUGUGAUUGAGCUGGAAGGCCCCACCUGGUACUUCCUCUGUGUAAGCGUCCUCACCCUCGUCUUAGCUGUGAUGAUCGUUGCCGACCCCGUGAAUGACCAGUUGCGCGCUCGUGGCACCCGUAUCUUCUUGAUCGCAUUCAUCCUCGGUGUUGAUCGUUUCGCAAGUAGAUCCAUCUGCAAGUGGAUCCAUCUGCCUUUUCUUUCGCACUGGAUGAAUGAGCACAGAGAUGUCGUUGUUGGGCUGUUGCUGAUCCUCUUCGUGCGUCUUGUUCUCUGCAAUCCAGGCCCUCUCCUUCAGUGGUAUCACGCGCGUUCCGUAGGAACUCUCCUUCUUGUCGCAGUCAGCCAGCUGACCUACCGCUCUGCGAGUUCAGAGUCCUCCAGCGGUAAUUCUCAUCUGUUCGGGUUUGAAUGCGUGGCCAGGUCUCGUCGAGAGAGCGGCAGCUUGAGAAUUGGUGUCAUUUCUCCGCAUCACUACUACUGCCUUGUCGACGAUUCGCAUCUUGAGGAGGAGACCACUUUCUCCGAGGAAAUGGCUUUUUCCGCAACUUCACCAGAUCCCCUAAACGAGUCCAGAUAUUAUGGCAUUCUCAGAAGUGCGAUAUGA